AUGAGCAGGAGUCGACGGGGAGCUGGCCCCUUCAGGGCCAAUGGCGCAGCUAUUCCAGAUUCGUUAUCCUUGAUACGAUCAUUCAAUAUCGAAACCAAUCCCGCUCGACCUGUACGACCUUCUCCCCUCACAGCUUCGACAAUCCCAGAUAUGCCACUCGACCUUCUCGAUCGAAUACGGUCCUUUCCCCUUUUCCUUUCAGCUCCCGAUUCAUUCCUUGCCGCGAUCGGGAAACAUCUCCGACCUCAGGUGCAUUCCUCUCGUGAUCAUGUAUUGACUGAAGGGGAUGAUGCAAAGGCAAUGUACUGGUUGGUACGCGGGGCUGUGGCCGUCACAUCUCGAGAUGGAGAAGCUACAUACGCAGAAUUAAAGCCUGGUGCUUUCUUUGGCGAGAUCGGAAUAUUAAUGGAUGUGCCUCGGACCGCUACGAUUAUCGCAAGAACGAAGUGCUUGUUGGUGGUGUUGAAGAAGGAGGAUUUGAGAGCUGAGCUUCCAAACUUCCCCGAGAUGGAACAAGCGAUCAUGGAAGAGGCACAAGAAAGAUUGACCAUUUUAAAUAAGAAGAGAAGGGAAGGUGGGUUUGGCCCAAAGCUUGUUUCCGCCGAGCUUCCUUCGAGAGGCGGAAAGCUUGCACGCGAAGCUGCGCCAGGUGAAGUUUCUACUGGUGACGUAGGGAUUAUUGAGAAGGGAGCAGUCAUCAAUAAGAAGAAGCGGAAAUCUCCAAGUCCAGGUAUAAUUGACGAUCCUUCGGCUGGCAGUGCGCUGGGUAGCGGGUUAGUGAAUGUCAGGAAAACACUCAAGGAACUACCUUUAUUUUCAACGUUACCGCCGGAGAUACUUCACUUUCUUGGGUUGAGCGCCAUGCCGAAGGCAUAUCCACCCUUUACGGAUAUCAUUGUACAAGGUUCGACUGGCAAUGAAAUUUAUUUCAUUGUUAGAGGUGAAGCAGAAGUCAUACACGAAAGUUCCAAUGGACAUACUGGACAAGCACCCCAAGGUUCAAAUGGAUCAUACAUCAGGCCAAGACUGAAAGCUGGGCAAUAUUUUGGAGAGGUUGUCAGUUUGUCUUUAGCUCCUCGAAGAACAGCUACAGUGCGGUCCAUUACAUCUGUUGAAUGUUUGAUGAUCAGUGGGGAAGUCCUUGAGGAAUUAUGGAGAAGAUGUUCACCAGAUAUACGGAAACAAGUAGAGGUGACCGCGAAAACUCGAAUUGGGAAAUCCGAAGACGAAGAUGUUAUCAUGAGUGACGCCGAUUCUCCAACUAUCAAUGAUCUUUCCAUCAAUAACAGUCGCCCUAAACAUCAAAGAAGGAAGACACUACCUCAAGUCACAUUUACCCCUUCAAAACCUGCAAGUCCUCAUAAACCUAGUCGUGCAGAGGAUAGUGAGGUGAUAGAACCUCUGGAUCUAGAUCCUUUCCUUAGUGUGGACAUGGAUAAUAUGAGGGCGAGGUCACGAAGAGGUUCAUGGGCACCACCUGCGCCUGAGACUCCACCACCAGAUGAUAGAUCUUCUGGACCGAGAACCAGAUCUAGAUCUCAAACACCGACACCUACGAAAGUAUCACAUGCUAUGACUCCCCCAGAAUCAGCUUUCCGACCAAAACGGCCUAAAAUUUUCGAGCGGCGUCCAAGUCAAUUUAGUCAGGGUAUAUUACCGGAUUCCAUUUUAGUCAACAUUUUCUCAUUUCUAGACAUUUAUCAGUUGAUGAGAUUACGACUCGUAUCUCUCCACUGGUCAACUUUAUUAACUUCCUCCCCAAACGUCUGUCACAACCUCGACCUCUCCCUCUAUAACCGCAAGAUGACCAACAAAGCACUCGUUGAAUCCAUUUGUCCAUUUGUUGGCCACCGUGCCCGCAGCAUCGACAUCAGUAACUGUUUCCACAUAACUGACGAAGGAUUUGCCGCCAUCUACUCACAGUGUGGCCCCGAUAUACAUGUUUGGAAAAUGAAAUCAGUCUGGGACAUCACCGCCAACGCCGUCUUGGAAAUGGCCAACAGCGCCAAAGAACUCGAAGAAAUUGAUCUCUCCAACUGCCGCAAAGUAUCCGAUAAUCUCCUCGCCCGCAUAGUAGGCUGGGUCGUAACCGAACCAAUCGCCCCUCAAGCUUCUCUCCGUCAAAAAGCCGGAACAUUUAUCCCACCAGUCGGAACUGUCGUCGGAUGUCCAAAUCUUAAACGUCUCACACUUUCCUAUUGUAAACAUGUUACGGAUCGAUCAAUGGCGCAUCUGGCGGUUCAUGCGCAUCAAAGAUUACAAAGUAUUGAUUUGACGAGAUGUACGACGAUUACCGAUGGCGGGUUCCAACAUUGGAGUAUUUACAAAUUUGCCAAGUUGGAAAAGUUAGUUUUGGCGGAUUGUACGUAUUUAACGGAUAAUGCUAUUGUUUACUUGACGAAUGCGGCGAAGGGGUUAAAGGAAUUGGAUUUGUCAUUCUGCUGCGCUCUCUCUGAUACCGCUACCGAAGUCUUAAGUCUCGGUUGUCCUCUUCUCCAAUCACUCAAACUCUCAUUUUGCGGCUCCGCCGUCUCCGACUCUUCACUCCGAUCCAUCGGGCUCCAUCUUCUUGAAUUAAAAGUUCUUUCGGUAAGAGGUUGCGUCCGAGUUACAGGUGUAGGUGUAGAGGCUGUGGUAGAGGGAUGUAGUAAAUUGGAGAUCUUCGACGUCAGUCAGUGCAAAAAUUUGAAAGGCUGGUUAGAUGGAGGUGGCAUGGAAAUAUGGGCAUCGAGGUGGAGUUCGAGGCGUACAAGUAAUGGGAAACGAAGUUCGAGGGGAGGUGCUGGUGGAGGUACUAGUGGUGCGAAGGGAAAAGGCAAUUUAGUUUUUUGGGUGGAAAAGGGGAGCGGGCCGGGAAUGGGUUUACGGUGA